CAAACCAGACCGACUCCUGAAUAACUUCUUUCAAAGCACCCAAGUUACCCAACCAACAACUCAACUCAACUCAACUCAACCCAACCCAACCACCAAAAUGUCCUACACCAUCCACCUCCGCCUCAUCAACGACACCUCCGACUCUCUGCAGCUCGUCGAACAAACCUGCUGGUUCGGCCAUGGCACCCGUUGGUCGCAAAUCGACUCCACGGGCGUAUACGUCCUCUCCAUGAACAAUUCCGGGUCCUCGGGCAUGUUGCGCUUCCAGAAUAGCAAGGGCGGUGAUUAUUUUGCCGUGGCGGUCGGCGUGCACAACUACAAGCGGUGGUGCGACAUUCAGGUCGAUACUGCCGAUGAUGCUCCCCUGACGAAGUUGCAUCCCAAGUAUUAUGAUGAGAAGGAUGCCAAGUACAAGGCCUUGUGGGCGCAGGCGAGCGAGUUUGAGGCAAAGGCAAAGAGUGGGAAGACAGUGAGAAUCAAGUUUUAUCAGGCGGAGGGGAAUGUUUUGAGGGCGACUGUUGAAUAUGUUUGAGUUGGUGGUGAGUGUGGGUGGAUGGUGAGACAGGGUGGAGGUGGACGAUAUGCUGGAAAAGGGGAAAGGUUUGUUGGACAGGCAAGCGGGAGGAAGACAAUAACGGACAAAGAUGGACGAUGGAACACCAUGUGAAAAGAAGCCAACCGGCAUUACGCUCUUUUAUUGGCUUGGAAGCUCUGAAGCAUCUGAUCUUAGACGCUCGUUCAAAAAAGCUGUCAUCUCUGAAAACAUAACCCAAACCUCCUUACUUUUCCCAGCUUUUGCUCCCUCUAUAUCCCUUAUAAACAAGUGCCAGCCUUUGUUCCCAGGCAUGAACAUAAUUAAA